CCGGCGGUCCACGGUUGCUGGCGCCAGCGCUGGCCCCCCCCUCCCAGCUUUGAGGUGCAUGAAGAUGGGGAUGGGAGUGUAUAGUAGGGGAAGCACCCGCGCGGGACCCCUACCUGCCAGCUAGCCAGUCACCCCAAGUAGGUGUGUUGCCCACCUGGUAUUCUACACCACCCCCCCAGCCCUGUCCAGUGCACCCCGCUGGUGCCUGCUUUCCCCUGGUGUCUUCUAUUUAGACCAGACCCACUGUAUCCAAGGCAACCAUUGCAGGAGUGUCACUUGCUGCUGAUCACUGAGGGUCCCAUAGUGUGGUCCCGGCUGUGAUUGUCCUGGUUGAAACAGCUUGAGCCCCCUCCCUGGAUUCAAAGACAGCCCUGCUGAGAAAACUCAGGUUCCUUGGCCUGUGUGUGUCUGUGUCUGUCUGUCUGGAUGUUUCUGUGAGCAGGCAGGAAGUGAUCCAAACAUUUACAACAGGAGCCCCUUCUUGCUCUGACACUCUGUUGUGACUGGUGCCCAUCAUCUGGAUAGCUCUGCUAAUGUGUGUGUGUAGAAGAUAGCUGAGUGGUCCACAUGAUUUUCUCUGGACAUACAGCUGUUGCAGGAUGUGUUUAGCAGGUGCGACCUGGCAAGACAACUGAUGGAGUCCCCCAGGACCCAUCGGCUACCAAACUGGCUGCUGCCAUAGGGUUGGGAGCAGCUCCCGCCCCUCAGUAUGGCCAACACUACUGGAGAGCCCGAGGAGGUGAGCGGUGCACUGCCCCCACCAUCAGCAUCGGCUUAUGUGAAGCUGGUACUGCUGGGACUGAUCAUGUGCGUGAGCCUAGUGGGCAAUGCAAUCUUAUCUUUGCUGGUGCUCAAGGAGCGUGCCCUACACAAGGCUCCUUACUACUUUCUGUUGGACCUGUGCCUGGCUGACGGCAUACGCUCUGCUGUCUGCUUUCCCUUUGUGCUGGCUUCUGUGCGCCACGGCUCCUCCUGGACCUUCAGUGCGCUCAGCUGCAAGAUUGUGGCCUUUAUGGCCGUGCUAUUUUGCUUCCAUGCAGCCUUCAUGCUGUUCUGCAUCAGCGUCACUCGCUAUAUGGCCAUUGCCCACCACCGCUUUUACGCCAAGCGCAUGACACUCUGGACAUGCGCAGCUGUCAUCUGCAUGGCCUGGACCCUUUCUGUGGCCAUGGCCUUCCCACCCGUCUUCGAUGUGGGCACCUACAAGUUUAUUCGUGAAGAGGAUCAAUGCAUCUUUGAGCAUCGCUACUUCAAGGCCAAUGACACACUGGGCUUCAUGCUUAUGUUAGCUGUGCUCAUGGCAGCCACACACGCUGUUUAUGGCAAGUUGCUCCUCUUCGAGUAUCGACACCGCAAGAUGAAACCAGUGCAAAUGGUGCCAGCCAUCAGUCAGAACUGGACAUUCCAUGGCCCUGGGGCCACUGGCCAAGCUGCUGCCAACUGGAUCGCUGGCUUUGGCCGUGGGCCCAUGCCACCAACCUUGCUGGGUAUCCGGCAGAAUGGGCAUACAGCUAGUCGGCGGCUCCUGGGCAUGGACGAGGUUAAGGGUGAAAAGCAGCUGGGCCGCAUGUUCUACACGAUCACACUGCUCUUCUUGCUUCUCUGGUCACCCUACAUUGUGGCCUGCUACUGGCGAGUAUUUGUGAAAGCCUGCACCGUGCCCCACCGUUACCUGGCCACUGCUGUUUGGAUGAGCUUUGCCCAGGCUGCUGUCAACCCGAUAGUCUGCUUCCUGCUCAACAAGGACCUCAAGAAGUGCCUGAGGACUCAUGCCCCUUGCUGGGGCACAGGAGGUGCCCCAGCUCCCAGAGAACCCUACUGUGUCAUGUGAAGCAGGCUGGUAGGCAGACAGGCAGGGAGAAGGUCAUAGUCACCAUGGCUGGGCUAACAGAAAAUGAGAGGUGGGGGCCAUACAGGAGCCUUUCUUUCUGAGCUCCUGCCCCAGUCCCUCAAACCAUCUGGGGUCCAGAUACCUUUGUCAAUACCGUCCCAGAGCUAGAGACUAGGUGAGGGAGUCAGAAAGGAAGCAUUUCUAGUUCUGUGAAGCCUGUCUCCUACACCUCCUCUACUUCUAUAAUCUCUUCUUUUCCUCCCUCUUUUUCCCUCGUGAAAAUUCAGAAAAAGAUAACAAAAGAGCAAAACUGAAAAUGCAGGUUUUUCUACCCACAGCUGAGGAGACAGGUUUUCCUGCUUUAAUGUCUCUCCUUUUGACAUUGUCCAGGAGGGGGAAUUUUGUCCUGUAAAAUAGAUUUCCAGGGCUCUUGUUGCCUCCCCCAAUCUUUCUCCCAUGCACCCUCCCCUUCCAAGUUCUUUUAAGAAGGCCUGAAUAUUUAGAGAGAAAUGGAUCUUCUGACAAAAGAACCAAGGUGGGUGGUGGGUCCCCAGGAAUGGAAAUGCUUAAUUGCUGUUAUGUGCAAUGUUGUUUUAGGCAAAUCCUGGUACCAAGUCCAGUCUCCUCUCCCUCCCCAUCAUUUCCAGACCUCCUAAGUGUUUCUUGCGCAUCUAUUUGAGAAGAUUGGAGGGGAGGGAAAAGAACCCCUGGGAAGGGCUCAGGCUAAGUGAAAAGUGGGAUGUGAGCU